AUGCCGCCGCCGCGCUCCUCCGCGGGCGCCCCCUGCCGGUCGGGCCCCGCCCCGCCCUACCGGCGGAGAUCCCGCCCGUUCCGGCCCUCGCCCCGCCCCGCCCCGCCCCGGUCCGGCCCAGCCCCGCGCGGUAAGAUGGCGGCGGCGGCGGCGGCUGAGGCCGAGUGCGAUGUGGUCAUGGCGGCGCCCGACGGGCCUGGCGAGACCGACAGCGACGAGGAGGCGCGCAGAGAAGCAGAAGCAUUCAAGGAGCAGGGAAAUGCAUACUAUGCCAAGAAAGAUUACAACGAAGCGUUCAACUACUACACAAAAGCCAUAGACACGUGUCCCAAUAAUGCCAGUUAUUAUGGGAACAGAGCUGCCACGCUCAUGAUGCUGGGGAGGUUCCGAGAAGCGCUGGAGGAUGCUCAGCAGUCAGUCAGGUUGGACGACAGCUUUGUACGGGGCCACCUCCGGGAAGGGAAGUGCCACCUUUCCCUAGGGAAUGCCAUGGCUGCCAGCCGCUGCUUUCAACGAGUUCUAGAACUGGAUCAUAAAAAUACCCAGGCACAGCAGGAGCUGAAGAAUGCCACGACUGUGCUUGAGUAUGAAAAAAUAGCUGAAGUGGAUUUUGAGAAACGGGAUUUCAGGAAGGUUGUGUUUUGCAUGGAUCGUGCUCUGGAGUUCGCUCCCGCCUGUCACCGCUUCAAAAUCCUCAAGGCCGAGUGUUUGGCACUGCUGGGCCGGUACCCCGAGGCACAGUCUGUGGCCAGUGACAUCCUGAGGAUGGACUCCACCAACGCCGACGCGCUCUACGUGCGCGGGCUGUGCCUGUACUACGAGGACUGCAUCGAGAAGGCCGUGCAGUUCUUUGUGCAGGCCCUCAGGAUGGCCCCUGACCAUGAGAAGGCCUGUCUUGCCUGCAGGAAUGCCAAAGCACUUAAAGCGAAGAAGGAAGAUGGGAAUAAAGCAUUCAAGAAAGGCAACUACAAACUAGCGUAUGAACUGUACACAGAGGCACUAGGAAUAGACCCAAAUAAUAUCAAAACAAAUGCCAAACUCUACUGCAACAGGGGGACUGUUAAUUCAAAGCUUAGGAAACUCGAGGAAGCGAUCGACGACUGCACGAACGCGGUGAAGCUGGAUGACACCUAUGUCAAAGCCUACCUGAGGAGGGCACAGUGUUACAUGGACACAGAGCAAUAUGAAGAUGCUGUAAGAGACUAUGAGAAGGUUUAUCAGACAGAGAAAACAAAAGAACACAAGCAGCUCCUAAAGAAUGCACAGGUGGAACUGAAAAAGAGCAAAAGGAAAGACUACUACAAAAUCCUGGGGGUGAACAAAAAUGCCUCAGAAGAUGAGAUCAAGAAAGCUUACAGGAAAAGAGCACUAAUGCACCAUCCAGACAGACACAGUGGAGCAAGUGCAGAGGUACAGAAGGAAGAAGAGAAGAAAUUUAAGGAGGUUGGUGAAGCCUUCACCAUCCUGUCAGAUCCCAAGAAGAAGGCUCGCUAUGACAGUGGGCAGGACUUGGAGGAGGAUGGAUUAAACAUGGGAGAAUUUGAUCCAAACAACAUCUUCAAGGCCUUCUUCAGCGGGCCAGGGGGCUUCAGCUUUGAAGCUUCUGGGCCUGGUAAUUUCUUUUUCCAGUUUGGCUAAGAAGCAAACAAACACAAAUCAAACCACACAUACCUGAUCUGCUUCUUUUAACCUCGAGUAUGGACAGCCCCAGACUCCUCCUCCAUCACGUCUCGUUGUCCUUUAGAGCAGUUUCAUUUCUGGGUUGGAGCCUCUGUUUGUGUGUUGUGUGUGUGAAGAGGAAACCAGCUCGGGAGGGGAAGGCUUGUGAAUUUUGUUUUACUGUUUAACUUUAUUAAAAAAGAAAAAUUGAAAAAAAUAAAAGCUUUGAAUCUUUUGGUCCCUC